AUGAAGCUCUUCCAGUCAUCCGUCGUCGCAAUCUUCGGCGCCAUCGCACUCAUCGCCUCCCCCGUCACAGCUCAAUACGGCGCCGAAGACCAAGCAGCCAACCAGGAGAACCCGGGCGGCCUCAAGGGUAUCGUUUCCUUCGUCAAGGCCUACGUCACUGGAGGCCUCCCCUCUCAGAACAUGUUCGAGUCCGAGCCUGUGAUUACAAACAUUACCGAUGCCAACUAUAAGGCCACCAUCUUUGAGGACGACAUUUCGCCUUUGUCGGCCCCCUCUGCAGAUUACUACCCCACCUUCGUCGACGCAGCCAAGACCCUCCAGGGCGAGACCAGUACCAAGUUUGCCCAGGUCUGGGUCGAGGACAGUGCCCACAUCUCUGCUCGCUUCUUGAUCCCUGCCCGUCUCCCCUACCUUAUCUAUGCCAAGGAUGGCGUCUUCCGUCAGAUCCCCUAUGUUAGAAACAACACCGAGUUUUUGGUCGAGUUCAUUGAGGAGGAGAAGUACAAGUUCUACCCUGUCCUGGAUGGUCCCAUGGGCCCUUACUCCUUGUUGUCGGGAUUGAUGGAGAAGUACGCUGACGGAAUGGACUGGAUCCACCAGUACACCUACUGGAUGCCCAAGUGGGUCAUCUACAUCCUCGCCGGUUCCCUCUCCGGUGUCAUCUUCUCUCUCUUCUCUGGUGGAUCCAGCUACUCUUCUGACCCUUCCAAGUAUGCCCACCUCAACCCCGAUGGUACCCUCAAGAAGACUGUUACCGAUGGCGAGUCGAACAAAACCCAGUCCAAGACCACCAAGAAAUCUACUUCCUCUUCAACAAAGAAGCGUUCUUCCAAGAAGGCUCAGUAA